GAUGGGAAUUCUGGGAGUGGCUUCACAGUAACCUCAUACCUCAUAUAUUGUACGUCUCAACCGGCAUUUAGAAAAUUUCAGCCUUUAAUCUGAUCGCAGUGCACCGAAGGCUUACAUCUAUUCAGCAUCUAUCAAUUUGACCUCUGUAUCCUUCACGGGUAACGACAACGACGUAGAGCUCCAAGGAUGAAGAUUGAAAAUAGCCUCCCCUGCUCUCAGCUCCCCGAGGCCCCUCCUCAGACCGGCCUGCAGUUUACAGUGGCAACAGAGGAAGACUUUGGUGACAUCAUGGCCAUGAGCAAGGAUAUUUACGGUGGCCUGGACUAUCUGCCCUCCCGCUACCAAGCCUGGCUGCAAGAGAGCAACCGCAUCGUCAUUUUGGCUCGCAAGCAAGGCAAAGUGAUUGCGCUGGAGUCAGCAUGUGUUAUUGAUGAUGGGGAGACCAUGCUGGUGGAAGGGCUCCGUGUUGCCCCGCAGGAGAGGGGAAAGGGUGUUGCUGGGGUACUUCUGCGGUUUUGCUCUCAGCUGGUGAAAUCAAAGUACCCUGACGUUAAAGUCAGCAGAUUGACCAGAGAUGACCAACUGGGGCCAAAAGACUUCCAGAAGUACAGACUCAUCACCAAACAGGGAAUCCUCCUGGUGCGCUUCCGUGCCGAAGACCUAAAAUUGCGCCUGGCUGAUCUCGGGCCUUAUAUCAGUAUUGCGGGGCAGGGUCUGCCCCCCACAAACAUCCCGGUCCGUCUGGAGCCUGCAAAAGUGCAUCAGCUCUUCUUGAGUGAUGUUCUAAUGCAGGACGUCCUUCCUAAUGCCACCAUCGUUCAAGAUUGGCAGCCCUUCAAGCCUGUUCCGAGCAACAUGGCCAUCCUGAUGAAGAAGGACAUUGAUUGGAUGGUCGACGAUGCCAUGCGCCCAACCAUGGCCAGCCUGUGCACCUUCCCGUUCCCUGUGCCGAUUGGUGAUGACUGGUACUACCUAAACAUCGACAUGUUUGGCAAAGACCUAGAGCUGGCCGUACAACAGCUGCUGUGCCACCUGAGGUGCCACACAGGCGCUUUGAAGGGUUACGUUAUGUGUCAGGUCUUCCUGGAGCCUGCGCUGUGGAAGCCUAUGGCCGAUUUCUUUAGGGAGACCCUUAAAGUGGAGCUGGUGAAAGAAUACACAGAGCAGUGCGUUGUGGAGUCAGAUGUUAUUUAGGGAAAGGAUA